UUUUGCCAGGAGUGUGGUCUGACAGAGGCUUGGGCCUAUCUUUGGAAUUCUUGGUACAGCAAAUGGGAUCUCUGGGCACGAUCCUCCUGUGAAUCUCAUCUCUCUCAUGUCUGCACAACCAUGAUCACUGAAAAUCACUGGAAGUGUCUAAAACAUGGCUAUCUUCGAUUCAAAACACGCUCACCACUUGAUCAGACUGUUUACAUCAUUGUCUAUUCCACCAUUAACUCCUAUAUUCAUACAUCCCACUUUCUUGAGCCUGACUGGCACCUUGGCAGGAGCCGCCCCCUCACAACUUGGCAGCGAGCUUUCAAGUCUGCUUGGAAUGAACUUGAAAAG